UCUAGUAUCUUUGGCUUAGCUUAUGUUUUGUGCUUGUGGUGUGACGAAUGAUUUACAUACAACGGUUCAUUUAUUUUAUGCUAAUUACUCUGCAAAUAAUUAAAGAAAAUGUGCUGUCAAAUUAAACUGUAGUCGUAUAAUUUAUUAUGGAGAAUAAAAAAAUACUUAUUUUGAUACUCUGCUAUGGAUUUCUGAUGCUGUGUGUCUGGAUGUUUUACACACAGCGAUUUGUCAACUCACAGUGGAAGAUUCGUUCAGAUAUUGGAAGCAGUAACAUAACCAACCAGAUACUCAAACAAAUUCACCACCCUCUAGACCCAGUGAAGGACACAGAGACAUUUAUAUACACAAACAAAACUCUCAAAAUUACGAGCAACAGCACGAAAAAAGUUGUGCAACCAACUGUAAAACCAGUUCCAAAAAUUUCAAUUAGACAAUACUACAGUUCUUUAGCUAAUUCAACGACACUGGAUUACAAUUGUAGUCAGUGCGCCCUCGUCUCCAGUUCAGGACAGCUUCUUGGACGAGGCUUAGGAAGCGUAAUUGAUGCCAAUGAGUGUGUCAUCCGAAUGAACAAUGCACCCUCACAAGGAUUUCACAAGGACGUGGGGAAUCGUACAACUAUUCGUCUGGGAUCCUUCAAUUCUGUUAAAGCAUAUACUCUACAACCUCAUUUGUUCAGUGGAGAAGCCUCCCCUGACGUUGUAAUACUUUGGGGCUUGCAUCAGCCAAAACAUGUUAAUAUUUUAAAAGCUGCUCAGGCAUUACCAAAAUUGUAUAAAAACACACAGUUUUAUGCUGAAACGCUGGCAGGAGAAGACUAUGCAGGGAAGGUUUUUGAAGUAGAAACCGGCAUAAAAAGGCUCUACUCCAAGACGUGGUUAUCAACUGGCUGGUUUACAAUGCUUAUGGCAUUGGAUAUUUGCGAGAAAAUUAAUCUCUAUGGUUUCAUACCAGAAGAUCACUGCAAAACACAUCCUGGAGAGAUCAAGCGUUACCAUUACUACCAGAGUCCCAACUCCUCAUUGGUUGAAUGCAAAUACUAUACAUCGAAUGAAGGACGCACAGGCUCUGGACACCGCUUUGUCACGGAGAAAGCCAUAUUCUCCCGCUGGGCCCAGCGUUACAAUAUGACGUUUCAUGCUCCUUCCUGGAACAUCACAAAGUCAGAAUUUGAGAAGAUUGAUACUCCGUUUGUAAAGAAUCAGAGUAAAGCCAAGAAAAUGCAUGUGAUUCGGAAGAGAAUUCCACCAAAGCGGCGCCACCUAUAGUUUUUAAAACUGACUGCAAACAUCUGGCCACCAGAAAUGUGCUAAUUAUUAUGAAACACUAUUUACCUCUGUCCAGACUAUCAAAGUCUGACAUGCCUAAAUAUGGUAAUGAUGACAUCACAUCAUGACCAUAUAUAGGCACAUCAUGUAAACAUUUUUUUACAAAUAGACUACCAUUUUAUUUUAAAUUAUUUUUUUUUUGCUGAAUAAAAUACAGUAUUACAAUACAUUGAUAUGGUAAAAUUUCGAAUUGAAGCCAUGGGCUUCGGUUUUUUGCAAACUUGGGAUGGGCUUCAAUUCUAGAGGGGCUUCUUUUCGAGGCUACUUUCGCUAAUAAAAGAGGUGGCUUUUUUUUCAAAAUGAAUGCUGUAAAUUUUGGGAAUUAAUACUAUAAAACAAUAAAUAGGGCCACUGUAACAUCACCCUGUGUUAUGGAGUGUAUUAGCUGGAAUUAAUUCACCUAAAUUACUGUACUAUACAAACCAAGCAUGUUUUAAUUUUAUUUCUUUGAAAUUUAUGUACAGUGUACCGUACUAUCUCGAAAAGAAGCCUAUGCUAUCUUGAAAAGAAGCUCAUAGG